AGCGACGGCGACGGCUGGGGAGAGUAAGACAAGGAAGCGUCUGCUGCUGGAGCCAAUGCCACCCUUUGGCUCUCCGGGAGGAGCGUCCCUGCCCGGAUGAGUGUCCGCCGUGUGUACCCGACUGUCCCCCGGCGGGAGCGCGGCUCGGAAGAUCGCGGCUGCUUUGCCUGUCCCGGUAGGAUGUGGUGAAAGGAUGGGGCUUCUCCCUCCGGAGAGUCAAAAUGGCCAGAGAAGAUUCCGUGAAGUGUUUGCGCUGUUUGCUCUACGCCCUCAACCUGCUCUUUUGGUUAAUGUCCAUCAGUGUCUUGGCUGUUUCUGCUUGGAUGAGGGACUACCUGAAUAAUGUUUUGACUUUAACUGCAGAAACAAGGGUAGAAGAGGCGGUCAUCUUGACUUACUUCCCCGUGGUGCACCCUGUCAUGAUUGCUGUUUGCUGUUUCCUUAUCAUCGUGGGGAUGUUGGGAUAUUGUGGAACAGUGAAGAGAAAUCUCUUGCUUCUUGCAUGGUACUUCGGAACAUUACUCGUCAUCUUCUGUGUGGAACUGGCUUGUGGUGUGUGGACAUACGAGCAGGAGGUUAUGGUGCCGGUACAGUGGUCAGAUAUGGUUACUUUGAAAGCCAGAAUGACAAAUUACGGCUUGCCCAGGUAUAGAUGGCUUACACAUGCUUGGAACUUUUUUCAGAGAGAGUUUAAGUGUUGUGGAGUGGUGUACUUCACUGACUGGCUAGAAAUGACAGAGAUGGACUGGCCUCCAGAUUCCUGCUGUGUUAGGGAAUUCCCAGGAUGCUCCAAGCAGGCCCACCAGGAAGAUCUCAGUGACCUUUACCAAGAGGGUUGUGGGAAGAAAAUGUAUUCCUUUUUGAGAGGAACCAAACAACUGCAAGUGCUAAGGUUUCUGGGGAUCUCCAUUGGUGUGACACAAAUCCUGGCCAUGAUUCUCACCAUUACUCUGCUCUGGGCUCUGUAUUACGAUAGAAGGGAGCCUGGGACAGACCAAAUGCUGUCUCUGAAGAAUGAUACUUCUCAGCACCUGUCAUGUCACUCGGUGGAACUGUUAAAACCAAGCCUUUCAAGGAUCUUUGAGCAUACGUCAAUGGCAAACAGCUUCAAUACACACUUUGAGAUGGAAGAAUUAUGAAGAAUUAUGUCAAAAGGAAAUCACAAACUUGUGGCACUAGUGAGUUUCAGUGUGCACAGUUAUCUGUUUCAGAAAGUUUUAAACAGAGGAAUAUUCUGCAAAAGAAUGUCUAAGCAUAUAAUUUCCACUCUUUAAAACAAAGGAAGAUUUGUAGUAGGCUUUCUUGGACCGCCAGCACCCAAAUCAUAACAUGGAGACUUAUUAGUUAUGAAUGCUCGGCCUUAUCUUAUGCUUGUCCCCCUAGCUCUUAUAACGUAAUUUAAUCUGUUUCUCUUCAUCUAUGUUUUACCUCAGGGCCUUUUACCUCCCUUUCAUUCUGUAUGUCCUACUUUUCCUGCUUCCUCUGUGUCUGGCUGGCUGGGUGACUGGCUGGCCCUGGGCAUCUCCCUCUCUUACCCUCUUGUUCUCUCUUCUCUUGUUCCCUCUCAAGCCUUGAUUCCUCCUCUAACUUAUUCUCUAUGCCCACCAGCCCUGCCUAUCCUUCCUUUGCCCAGCUAUUGGCUCUUCAGUCUUUUAUUAGACCAAUCAGAUGCCUUAGGCAGGCAAAGCAACACAUCUUUACAUUGUUAAACAAAUGCAGCAUAAACAAAUGUAACACACCUUUACAUAGUUAAAGUAAUAUUCCACAGCAAAGGUUCCACAUGAUAACACACAGACGAUGAUUGGUGCCCUUCAAAACGCUGAGGGUAGCGUUAACAACCACUGUAUACUUUCUUUUUUGUUUUUUGAGCACAAUGAUGUUUUGACGUGACACAGUUUGAGCAGCGUUUCUGCAUCCAUUCAUGGAAAUGAACCAUUCAUGGUGGCAUUGGAGCUACUGUGAGGUUAACUAACUUCCUCUGGCUAGCCUAUAAACUAUCAGCUGACUGCUAACAUAGGAAUUUAGACAAUACUAAUGACCUUUAUUACCUGAUGAUGUAUUGUUUUGAGGAUGAUUCAAUUAUAUAUAAAAACCUUUUAAGAUUGGUGACUACCUAAAUACGAUUUUUGUUGGUUACUAAAAUAAUCUUAUUAAUAACACUUGUAAGAGCUAACACAUGGUCUUAAACUUAUCAGGGAUAUAUAUGUAUAUAAGUCUGUGCUGUGUCUGUAUAAUUCAGUAGAUAAUGAUAUUUGAAAAUGAUAAAUUUGUCUUAUAUAGCACUAUUACUUUUUGUCUUUCCCACCAACAGAGCUUUUAAAUUCUGUCUUGGGUCUGUAUUACAUCCGUAACUGUUAAUUUAAGUUCUUAACCACUAAUUUUGGAAAUUACCAGUGUGAUACAUAAGAAUCAUUGUAACUCUGGCUGCAGGAAGUAUUAACUACAAAUUUAUACAUAGUUGAUUCAGCAGAAAUUCUGAUGCUUUUUUCUCCCAAGUGAAGAUUCUUCUUGAUAAUAAACACUUUGUCAAAGAGCUUAUGUUUUUCUUUUGCAAAGUAGAAGCAACAGUCUUGAAGUCGAUGCAGUUUUACAGAGAAACAACAUUAUCUGCAGAGAGAUGCUCAUUGGAAUCUCUAAAUUAAGUGAAAGAUUAACUAGAGGGAACUUUUGCUUUAUUUCACCAAUUAAUACACUGUGGCAAAUUACACAGAACAUUAAUUUUUUUUUUUUUACAAAAGUAGAAGAUAUUUAUUUGAAAUGGGAAAAGUGCAUUUUACUGUAUUUUGUGU